AUACUGAAGAAGACACUCCCGUGUCGUCGCCUGUCAAUGACGUCAUCUGCGUGCUCACCACAUGUGUGAUUAUUACAGUAGUGUUUUGAUCUGUAUUAAGCAGCAGACUCUUGAAUCAGUUCAAUAUCAACAUGUCUUCAAGUUGUCGUAGACCUGAACAUUCUGCUCCUCCUGAGGUGUUCUACAAUGAGGAGGAGGCUAAAAAAUACUCACAGAACUCUCGUAUGAUAGAGAUCCAGACACAGAUGUCAGAACGAGCUGUCGAGCUUCUUUGUCUUCCAGAGGAUCAGCCCUGUUAUCUGUUGGAUGUUGGCUGCGGCUCUGGACUCAGUGGAGAUUAUUUAUCUGAAGUUGGUCAUUACUGGGUUGGUGUGGACAUUAGUACAGCCAUGCUGGAUGUUGCUUUGGACAGAGAUGUAGAGGGAGAUCUUAUACUGGGAGACAUGGGUGAAGGAAUGCCAUUCAGACCGGGAAUGUUUGAUGGCUGUGUAAGUAUUUCGGCUCUGCAGUGGUUAUGUAAUGCAGAUAAGAAAACACACAGUCCUCCAAAGAGGCUCUACCUCUUCUUCAGCACACUAUACUCUUCACUGGCAAGAGGCGCACGUGCCAUCUUUCAGAUUUACCCUGAAAACUCAGAGCAGCUGGAGCUGAUAACAGGUCAGGCUAUGAAGGCAGGUUUCACAGGUGGUAUGGUUGUAGACUAUCCCAACAGCAGCAAAGCCAAAAAGUUUUUCCUAUGUUUAUUUGCUGGAGUGUCAGGUGUAUUACCCAAGGGUUUGGAUUCAGAGAGCGCUGACAGAUCUGUUUCAAAUCAAGCUCAGUUUACAACACAGAGGUCACGUUUUAAGAAUAUGAAAGGGAAGUCUGUGAAGAAGAGUAAAGACUGGAUUGUAGAUAAGAAGGAACGACGACGCCGGCAGGGAAAGGAUGUAAGAGCUGACACAAAAUACACGGGGCGUCGGAGGAGACCACACUUUUGAAUUCUCUGCUGCAUGAACGCCUACAGUCUGUCUGUUUAAUUCAGAGAUUAUAUAACACGUCCAGAUGACCUUUGCUUCAGUAUGUCAUGUAUUGAAAUGGAUGAAAGAGACUUACAGACUUUCAGGAAAUCUGCAAAUCUGGCACAUUUUUAAAUAACUAUUGUGUUAACAGAUCUGUUAAUAAACCAGGUUCAAAUAUC